AUGGAGUUCAAGCCUGACCCUGCGUUUGCUAAAAUGCCUGGACUCCAGCAGUCACAGAGCUUCGACUUCAACGACCCAAGUUUGUGGUCCAGCAGGGUUGGGCUGUUCGAGGACUACGCCUACGCCACGACCUCCUCUAGAGGAGGUCGUGGCCAACGCUACAGGAAUGCACACGAGUUACCAACGAGGCUCGGAUCAUCCCAUCUGAAGAAAGCCAAGAAAGUGCAGUCGAGUGGUGAGGAUUCCAAGGCUGAAGAACACCAGUGCGGCUUUUGCAAAAAGAUGUUGCGCAGCAAGAGAGCCAUGAAAAGACACCAGCUCACGCACACCGGAGAGAAACGGUACACGUGCUCGGAGUGCGGCCACAAGUUCGUUCGUAAGGAGAACAUGAAGCGCCACAAGCGAAUGCACACCGGCGAGCGGCCGUUCGAGUGCGACGUGUGCGGCCAGAGGUUCACUCGCAACGCCGUCCUGGCGAACCACAGGCGCCGCCACACCGGAGAGAGGCCCUACUCUUGCUCGCUGUGUCCGGCCACGUUCGGCACCAGGUUCGCGAUGACGACGCACACGGCGGGCCACAAGCGCAAGGCUCCCUACGAGUGCCUCAUGUGCGGCAUGAAGUUCGUCUCGGGCAAAAAGUUCGACAGUCACGUGCGCAACCACUCGGCGAAGAGGCCGUACGUGUGUCACCUGUGCUCAACCGACUUCAUUCAAAAGUACCAACUACGCGUCCAUCUCGCCAAGCACUCUGGCGAGAAGCCCCAUCAGUGCAACGUGUGCCACAGGGCGUUCUCGAGGCGCGUGUCGCUCGUGAAUCACAUGAGCGCCAAGCACAAUGCUGAGGAAGAUUGA